CAUAAAUUUUUUUUUUUUUUCAUCCCAAACAGAUGAAAGGAUAAUGUUUCGUAAUAUGUGACCAGAGGGUGCCACAUAUUACGAACAGUAGUAAGUGCCUCUUGUACCCCAAAGGAACAACACCUUUAAUAUUGUGUUGUCUCCUUAAUUUUGACCCCAUCCCUCUGCCCCCGACAGAAUCCUAAUUUUAAAUAAAAUAAUAUAUUAGUAUUUAUAACUUACUAUAAGAAAAAUGUUGAGUAAAUAGUUAUAAUCAUAUUAUUUUUUUAAAUGGAGUUACCAAAAGUUGUGAUGAAUUAUUAAUUUUGGUAUAAACUUAAACCACCAACAAAAUUGUCAAUAUCAAUUUAACAAAAAAAUAAAAUAAAUAAGAAGAUAUAAGAAUAAUAAUUCAUGCAAAAAAAAUAAAUAGACAGCAAAUAAUUGGUUCAUUAUCGUUAUAAAAAAUGGCAAACACAGCACAUUUAGUGAGAAGACAAAGUUCACGUGAUUUAAAACCACAAAAAAGUGUUGAUAGAUUGGAAAUGAAAGAAUUAGUUGUCGAAAGUCGUAAGAAUCCAACAGCCAUCAAUUAUGGUGCAACAAAUGCUGGAUUUGAUGAUUCAAGUCCGAACAAAAAGAACAAAGGGCUCGUUAAUGCAGAGGGCAGCGGGGGUACAAGUGGUAAUACAAGCAGUAAUAUUGCUGUUGUUGAAAGAAGUAAACUUGGUAGUAAUGAGGGCAAAGCAACAUUUCGUCCAGAAUCUGGUGAAGAUGAACGUGAAAAUUGGGACAGCAAAUUGACAUUUUUACUUGCAACUGUUGGAUAUGCUGUUGGCCUUGGUAAUGUUUGGAGAUUUCCUUAUCUUGCACAAAAAAAUGGUGGAGGAGCAUUUUUGAUUCCAUAUUUUAUAAUGCUGGCUAUAGAAGGAAUUCCAAUUUUUUAUUUAGAACUUGCAAUUGGACAGAGACUAAGAAAAGGUGCCAUUGGUGUUUGGAAUCAGGUCUCACCGUUUUUGGGAGGAAUUGGUAUAAGCAGUGCUGUUGUUUCUUUCAAUGUUGCUCUUUAUUACAACACAAUUAUUGCCUGGUGUCUCUUUUACUUUGUACAGAGUUUUCAAUCAGAAUUACCAUGGUCUGAAUGUCCAAAUCGAUAUUUUCACAAUGGCUCUUAUGCAGUUGAGCCUGAGUGUCAAUUGAGUGGUCCAACACAAUAUUUUUGGUAUCGAACAACUCUCAUGAUAUCAAAAGAUAUCAAUUCACCAGAAGUAUUUAAUUGGAAAAUUGCAAUGGCACUUGUUGUUGCUUGGAUAUUAGUAUACAUGUGUAUGAUCAAAGGAAUUGCAUCAUCUGGAAAAGUUGUUUAUGUGACAGCAACAUUUCCAUAUAUUGUAUUAAUAAUAUUUUUCUUCCGUGGAGUUACAUUACCUGGAAUGUCUGAUGGUCUUCGUCACCUUUUUACACCAAAAUGGUGGACAUUAACUGAUCCUGUUGUUUGGCUUGAAGCAGGUACUCAAAUAUUUUUUUCUCUUGGCCUUGCAUUUGGUGGCUUAAUUGCAUUUUCAUCAUACAAUCCCGUCAAUAAUAAUUGUUAUCGUGAUGCAAUAUUAGUCAGUUUAACAAAUUGUUUUACAUCGAUGUUUGCUGGAAUAGUUGUAUUUUCAAUAAUUGGUUUCAAAGCAACAAUGGUAUAUGAACAAUGUCUAGAAGAUCGUAAUUCAACAUUGCUAAAUGUUUUUGGUCGAAUUGAUAAAAUACCAAGUGAACUACCAACAGCUGGAACACUAUUAAAUUUUUCAAAUGGAAAUAACAGCAUUGAUCUAUUUAUGCCACCAUUACAAAUUUGUGAUUUACAAAGAGAACUUGAUAAUUCAGCAUCAGGUACUGGGCUAGCAUUUAUUAUUUUUACUGAAGCAAUUAAUCAAUUUCCUGGUGCCCCAUUUUGGUCAGUAUUAUUUUUUUUAAUGUUAUUCACACUUGGUAUUGAUUCACAAUUUGGUACACUUGAGGGUGUUGUUACAAGUAUUGUUGAUAUGAAAUUAUUACCAAAUUUACGUAAAGAAAUUUUAACAGGUGGUAUAUGUUUAGCUUGUUGUAUAAUAUCAAUGGGUUUUGCACAUGGUGCUGGUAGUUAUGUUUUUGUAUUGUUCGAUAAUUUUAGUGGUAAUUUUCCACUAUUGAUAAUUGCAUUUUUUGAAUGUAUUGGUGUAUCAUAUGUUUAUGGUUUAAAACGUUUUGCUGAUGAUAUUGAAUUAAUGACUGGUAACAGACCAGGUUUAUAUUGGCUUAUUUGUUGGAAAUAUUUAAGUCCAUUGGCAAUGUUGAGUAUAUUAUUUGCUUCGUUUAUUGAAAUUGUUUAUAAGGGAAGUGGCUAUCAAGCUUGGGUUGCAACAAAAGGUAUCACUGAGAGACUUGAUUGGCCAACAUGGAGUCUUGUACUCUCAACAAUACUUAUUCUGGCUUCUGUUCUCUGGAUUCCAGCUAUUGCAAUAUUCAGAGCUUUUGGUGUUUUGAUCAUUGAAGACAACGCUAAAGCCUGGUUUCCGGCAGCUGAUUUAAAAGAAUUUCAUGGUAUUGUACCACACGAAGUGACAACUGCCGAGACAUUAUUAUUUUGUAUUAGAAGUGACGGAUCUGAAGGACUUUGUUGUCCAGUUAGUGAAGCUCAUGAUGAUGAUGAUGAUGAUGAUGAUGAUGAUGAUCUCACCUAGAAUAAUACAAUUUAUCAGCCAACAUUAUUAACACCAGAUUAAUAAUAAUUCAAUAUCAACAGUAAUUGGCUAAGUAUCACUGCAAUAACUAUUGUAAUUUAUUCAAAAUAAUAAUAAUUUCUUCCAUUUAAUUUAGAGAAAACAAAAACCAAAAACUUCUAAUAGAAAUAUUACAAUGCAAAAAAAUUAAUAACAAAAGUGUCAUUCAAAUGUUUAGCAAAGAAUUUUAAUUUGAUAGUUUGAAAAAAUAUAAACUCACUGAAAAAAUAGAAAAAACUAUUUCACAAUGAAAUUUUGAUAAUGAUGAUACUUAUAGCUGAUUGAAAAAGUCUUUUUAUAUUUUCUAGCUGAAUUAUUGUUCUUUAACUCGUAAUGAAAAAGUGGUCUUUUUUUAGCUAAACAUUUGAACUAAAUCUUUAUUUAUAAAAAAAUAUGAAUUUAACCUUUUUUUUUUUGAAGAGAAUUUUUAGUUUCUUUCUUUUGUUAAUAAUUAUUUUGAAUUUUAAUAUUUCUAUUGAGUCAUAUCGAAAUGUAAUAUCAAUUUUGCAAAUGAGUUUGAAUUUAUCAUUAUCAAUAUGAUCGACGAGUCAACUGUGUCAAUUAUGCUGUGAAAAAAAAAAAUGUUCGUCACGCCGAUCUGCCUGCAAAAAAAAAUGAAAAAAAAAAAAAAAACGUUUUUAAUCUUAAAAUUAUUUUUGAAUGUCAUAUCGUAUUGAAACACUUUUGCAUAUCGGAACUUUCAAAGGCAUAUCGCAAUAUUGUUUUAAAUUUUAAAAGCAAAAAAAAAGUUGAAUUUUGAUGAUAAUGAAAAUAUAUAAGUAAUAUAAAAUGUUUAAAUUUUAAGAAGUGGCCGUCCACGAUUGGCUUUGAUCUACUGCUGUAUAUUUUUUGCUGGUUUUAAAUAUUAUUUAUUUAUUAAAAAAAUAAUCUUUAAGUCUGAAAUCAAUAAACUUUGACAAAUAAUAAUUGGUGAUUAAAAAAAAUAAAUAAAGAAAAACAGAAUUGACAAAUAUAUAUAAUUAUAUACUAGACUAACUGGAAAUUUUUUCAAUUAAAAGAAAAAAAAACGAUUCAAAGAUAAUAUUUUUUGUUUUUAUUUAGUCAGUAAUAUACAAUGACAAAUCUUAUUGACAAUAAUUGUUAUAAAAAUUGCACUGCACUAUAUGCACUUACAACAACGAGGCCUAUGCAAUGUAAAAACGAAUGACGAUAAUUAAAUUACGCAUGAUUAAGGUUUAUGAUUAAUAUUGAAAUGAAAAAAAAUAAAUAAUAUUAUAAAUGUAUCCAUAGUUGAUUUCAAUUUAAAUUAUAUUUAUUAUUUAUAUCAUAUUGCUUGCCUUCUAACAAGAGUGUGAUGAAUUGAGUUGUUAUCAAAUUAAUUGAGAAUAUACCUAUAUAUUUCUCCAAUUGUUGCAUAAACAUAUCCUCUAAUCGUUAAAUAUAUUUAUAAAUGUUAAACAAUACUGAAAAACCAAAAGUAAUAAAUGAUUGUAUUUUUUUGAAUUGAUUUUAUAAAUAAAUCAUUGCAAAAAAAUUUAAAAAACUCUUAUGAAAUGAAAAUAAAAAUUUAAAUAUCAUCAUCGUAAUUUAAAUAAAACAAAAAAAAAUAUUAAUAAUAAAAUAUUAAUGAGAAAUAAAAAUAACGAAACAUGAAAAAAAUAAGACUAUAUUGUUAUUGCAAUAGUUAAUAGGAUUACAGUACUAUUUAAUAAUUAAUAAAAUUAAUAUUGUAUUGCUUAAAACUCGUUAAAACAUAUAUUCAGAUAAUCUUGUAAUUCCAAUAGGAAAGUAUGUUACACUGUAUGAUGACAAAAAAAAAAAAUGAAAUGAAAAAUUUAUAUAGAGUUUAAGAUUUUAUGCGCACAGUAUAUAACAUUCAAAUGAAAAUGAGAAUUUGAAAAUACGAAAAAAAAGUAUAUACAUCAGUGUAAGUUAUGAUAUUUAUAAAUUUUAAUUAUGGUAUAGAUUCAUAAUCGUGAGUAUAAACAAAUCUUUUAUUAAAUUUAUAGUACAUCCAUAUCGUCGAUAUAAUCUCAAAAAGCGUAAGUGCUAAGAAAAAUAUUUGGAAAGUAAAAGAGGACUUCAGAUCAACUUGGAUUUAGAUGUAUCAGAAUGAGUUGAGGCGGUAAAAAAAAAAAAAAAUUAAAUUAU